AUAAAUAUAUACAUUAUAAUUAUUCUGUUAUUCUAUAAACAUCCUACACCAAAUUCUGUUUCCGACCCUGAGCAAAUGGGAUGAAAAUAAUUCCAAUUCUGCUCGUAUAUGCUCAAUGUCGUCACAAAUUUUAAGUUUGAAUGAAAUCAAUUGCGGAUGCCUUCGUCGAGAAAGUGGCAACGAUCAAAACUCGAGAAAAAUCAUCUAUUUCUGAAGGCAAAGAAGAAAGAAAAUCUCAAGAGAACACUCGCAAAAGCGAUUUUCUCAUUUGUGAUGCUUGUCCUAAACGCUUCAAGAGCAAGAACCUACUGAAGCGACACAAGCUCACACAUACGACGGAAAUCAGCGUUCGGUGUGAAUCAGAUGUGAAGAAGAAUUCUGCGUUCACCGUCGCAGUGCCGCGGAAUCAGGAAGCUCUCUCGUGCGUAUCAUGCGAUUUUCGGUGCAACAAGAGAUCCACGAUGAUCGCGCAUCUGGCCGAGAAGCAUGAGGGAAUCUCGGACGACAAAUUCAAUGAUAAACGUGAGUUCACUUGCAUCGUUUGCGGUUUAGUCUGCGCUCGUAAGGAGACCCUGAGAUCACAUUUCGUGCGCAAGCAUACGCAGCAUUACGGUUAUUCGUGCGAGCAAUGUGGUAAGGAAUUCAAGAUCAAGGGCGAUCUCACCACUCACACGAGGCUGAAUCAUCGGGAAUCGCCGGUGAUAUGCGAUGUAUGCGGCAAGACGUGUCGCAAUAGCCACAGUUUGUAUACUCAUCAGAAGCACGCGCAUUAUAAGGCCAAAUACGAAUGUCCGUUGUGUCAUCGGCGACUCGUCACGCAAGCGAAUCUGGAUCAGCACGUGUUGACGCAACACGAGAGGAAGGAAAAGUCGGUGUGCGAGGAGUGCGGCAAGACCUUCUUCGAAAAUUACGAUCUGAGGAAGCAUAUGAGGAUUCAUACGGGCGAUAAACCGUAUAGUUGUACGGUCUGCAACAGAGCUUUCGCCAGGCACAGCAGCCUUAGUCAACAUCUUCUUUUGCAUACCGGCGAACGUAUUUACGUGUGCGACGUGUGCGGCAAGUCAUUUGCGCAGAAAGCCGGUCUCAUUUGCCACAGAAAAAUUCACUCAGGCACUCUGCCGCCUCUACCAGUGAUACAUAUCGAUCACAUAUUGAAGGAAUUUAUAAAGAAAUAAGAUUGCGAAUAUGGAACGUCGAACAUCGUGCCUUACUCCUUGAAAAUGUUUAUUAUGUCUUUUGUUUAUUUUUCUUCCAUGUAAUUAAAGAGAUAGAUAAUAAAAAUGUGUUUUGUGAGGUCUGCGAUAACGUAUAAUACGAGCAUAGUAUAAAAUUAAACGCUAAAAAAAGAACCGAGCAUGAAAUAUAUAUAUAGUAUCUUGCUUGUAAUACGAUUGAUAGCGUCAAUAGAAAUACAAUAUAACAAAAUUAAACAAAUUAGCGCAUUUUCAUUGUGAUUGUAAUAACAUGUCCAAAAAACAAUGCGGCUUGCAGUAAUCGAAAAGUCACAACGGACUGCAAUGCUGAUCAACAAGAAGGGUAGUAGUUUUAGCUCCUUGUUUGUGAGUACCUUCGUUGAUCUGAUCUUUAUAAUUAAAUCUAUAUAGCACGCGAUAAAUAAUAUUUUUAGUGUAUAAUUUCUCUGAUAUACAGACACAUAAGUGAAUCAUAUAUUUGUUAUAAUAAUUAUUCUAU